UCCCCUUCGUGAACAUGUGAAAACGCGAGGCGCGCACACUUAAGUAACUCGGUAUUUCGCUCGUGAUCCUGUUGUCCUGUUGUCACAGGGAAAAAUGUUGCACUACAUUGCUAUCUUUUACUUGGUAUUCGCGUCUCGUGCAUUGUCGGAUGAAAGAAUUAAGGAGCCUCAAGGUGAUUGGGAAACCGUUACAGAUGCUCAAACCUCAUGGAGUGAUUUGCCGAAACUGUACGACUACGACGACUUCGAGGACUGCAGACGUAACAAUCCGAAAUAUCUGUAUUGUGUCGUGAAAGCUCAAAUAACUGCCAAUGAGAGUUCUCAACAGUGGAAGCAUAUAAGUCUCUACACCAGCGAUCCCCGCCACUAUCGGCGGGAUGUUUUGGAGCUUGGAAUCUGUCUGGAUCGAUGCAGCACCGAUGAUGAUCAACUUAACGAUCAAACCAAACGAUCCCAGCAAUGCGCCAUCGAUCGUGUCUGGACGAAUUAUCACCUCAAUUCAACGGCAGCUUUUAGGAAUUGCGUCCGAUUCGACGAUUCGGCGAUAUCAAUAGGUUUUCCUGAGAUCGUAUUCGUUGUAAUUGGAAUCGUCAUCAUUGGAUUGCUUUUGACGAGUACGAUAGCUGAGGUCAAAAAGUUAUCUUUUCAAGGAUCAAUUGUCGUACGAUCUUUCUCAUUAGUAACAAAUUUAAAGAAACUGGGAGCACUGAAUUCGCGAUCUAGGCAGGACUUGUUGUUCCUAGAUGGAGCUCGGGUACUGACAAUGCUGAUAAUUCUAUUGUGCCAUGCAACGAUCCCAAUGAUCCGAAUACCGCUGAAAAAUCCAGAAUCCUUCGAGUCCCAGUUCGACCAAUUCUGGUUCCCGAUUGCCUUGGCUGGCAACACCUACACAGUACAAAUAUUUUUCGUUAUAGGCGGAAUUGUUUUGGCGGUCAAUUUCCUGGAUCACGUUAAAUCCAGUCCGAAUUUUGAGACACGAUACUUUUUCGAACGCAUUGUCAAUCGAUUGAUUCGAAUUCUUCCAGUCUACGCUUUUGUGAUCUUGUUCCAAGCCUCUUGGUAUCGGCACUUGAAGCAGGGCCCGAUCGCGGAACGCUACAAAGAUCAUUGCGAUGUCAACUGGUGGACCAAUCUUCUGUUUGUGAAUAAUUACAUCAACGUCGGGGAACCGUGCUCACAAUUCACCUGGUAUUUGGGUGCCGACUUUCAGCUGUAUGUUUUUGGAACCACGAUCAUGAUGAUGCUGUGGAGAUACCCAAAACAUAAAAAAUCGUUGCUAUAUGUGUUGGUAAUACUAGCGUUUAUAGUUCCUGUUUGCAUGAUUUACUAUCAUAAAUUGGACGCCACCGUUAUGAUGAUGACAAGAUACGUUACCGAGGAAAUUCGUAAUCUACCGUACUACCUCAAAGUUUACGUCACCUUCGAAAGUAAUGCAGGAAACUACAUCUUCGGAAUGAUCAUUGGCAUGAUCUACUGCAAAUAUUCAGAAACGACAAAGUUGAUUUCAGCAGUUAAAUUCUCAAACUUCAAUUCAGCGUUCCUGAUAGCAGCAAUCGCAUUCAUCGCCUUUAACGGGCUCACGAUUUUCUUGCCUCUUGAUCACCUGCCAGAUCGUUCCCUGGUCCUGGCCAUUUUUGGAUCUCUGCUGAAAAGUUCCUGGGGAAUAAUGGUAGCGUGUUUGAUGUUCUAUCUGGCAUUGAAUCCAAGUUCGCUGCUAACCAGCUUUCUUCAGCAUCCAAUCAUGUUGGUAGCCGCUAAGCUUAGCUACUGUGUGUACGUUGUUCAGUAUACGACAGUUUAUGCGACUUAUCGGAACGUUACGGAUCCUAUUAUGAACAAUACCUUUAAUAAGAUAAUGUUCACAUCAGCGAUACUAUUCAUAACUUUUUCCGCCGCCUUGAUGCUGCACGUUAGCAUUGAAUUAUCAUUCAUGAAUUUACUCAAGCCGCUAGUACAAACAAACAAACGGCCUGUCCAAAAAGAACCGGCCGAAGUGGUGGACUCCCAGAAGAAGCUGCGGGACGAGAACAGAAACAUGACAAACUCGUGACUCACAUGUAGCGUCAGGCUGUGAAAAAUAUUUCA